AUGGGGGGGACUGAGACCCCAAAACAACCCCUGACACCCCAAAACUCACCCUGUCCUCAAAAACCCACCCCAGACCCCAAAAACAUCCCUGAGACCCCAAAAACACCUGAGGGGCUUCACCCGGGUCUGCGCCUUCACCGCCUGGAUCCGGGACACCAUCCACCCCAGAAACACCCCCUGAGACCCCAAAUACCCACCCCAGACCCAAAACCAUCCCCUGACCCCCAAAACCAGCCCCAGACCCCAAAAACAUCCCCGGACCCCAAAAACCAACCCCAGACCCCAGAAACACCCCCUGAGACCCCAAAAACCCACCCCAGACCCCAAAACCAUCCCCUGACCCCAAAAACCCACCCAGACCCCAAAAACAUCCCCGGACCCCAAAACCAGCUCCAGACCCCAAAAACAUCCCCUGAGACCCCAAAAACACCUUCUUGUACCCAAAAACCUGCCCCGACCCCAAAAACAUCCCCUGACCCCAAAACCAGCCCCAGACCCCAAAAACAUCCCCUGACCUCAAAAACCAACCCAGUUUUUAUCCCAGUCCUGGUUUCCCCCUUUCCCAGUUUAUCCCAGUUUAUCCCAGUUCCCCCUUUCCCAGUUUGUCCCAGUUCCCCCUUUCCCAGUUUGUCCCAGUCCUGGUGUGACCCUCUCCCAGUUUAUCCCAGUUCCCCCUUUCCCAGUUUGUCCCAGUUCCCCCUUUCCCAGUUUGUCCCAGUUCCCCCUUUCCCAGUUUGUCCCAGUCCUGGUGUGACCCUUUCCCAGUUUAUCCCAGUCCCAGUUCCCCCUUUCCCAGUUCAUCCCAGUUCCCCCUCUCCCAGUUUGUCCCAGUUCCCCUCUCCAGUUUAUCCCAGUUCCCCCUCUCCCAGUUUGUCCCAGUUCCCCUUUUCAGUUUAUCCCAGUUCCCCUUUCCCA